AUGAAGUCCUCAGAUCCCGGCCGACCCAGCAGCCGUCGCGCCGCCUCAGGUGCAUGGAACCGGCUGAAGCCCGUCCGCGAAGAUGUCCUGGAGACAUACGGACUCCCUUCCAAAGGAGAGACACGGCUGAACGACUUCAAAACACAAGAAAUCUACUUCAACCGCAUAAUAGAACGCUACAUGAAACUCUGCGCCCUCAACCGCGACGAACUCGACCGCCUCUUCAUAUCCGUCAGCAUUCCCCCACCCGACACAACCACGACGACCAAGUCCACGACAGCGCCCACCACCAACUCCAAACUCACAUCCUCCUUCUCCUCGCUCUCCCUCUCCAAACACGCACCCCCAGAAGCCCGCCAACAACCCACCACCCGCCCACCCCUCGCCUCAACCUCCACAAACACACCACACAACCCCAUCCCCCAAAAGGCCUUCACGCCCUCCAUCCAAGAACUUUCCACCGUCCUCGCCUCCCUGCGCAAGCUACGAGAAGCCAUAACCGCGUCCUCACGCACCGAUGCCUUCGCCCUGCGCGCCUACACCUUCGCCAUCCACGUCAGCAUCCUCUGCCACGACUGGUCCUCCUACCUCCCCUCUCUGCUUUCCCUCCUGGGGAAAAUCCAUCCCGUGAACCCGCUUUCGCCAUCGACCCUGCACGAAGUCGUCGGCCUAUUGAUCCUCGACCAAGCAUGUCGGCAAUCCGAUUACUCGGGCGCGCGCGCCACGAAACUACGACUGGAGGGUGGAAAAGGUGUUGCGGUGUCUGGUCUCAGAUGA